AUGUUCAUUGAAAUAACUGGUUUUACACUUAGCAUUUCAGAAAGACCGCUGCUAUAUCAAAGAAAUCAUUUUCGACCUGAGAGCUUGAGUGAACCCUUCGAAUUGACACAUUAUAAUUAUUCAAAACAAGCUGAUCAGUUUAACUAUGUUCCAAGAAUAAAAUUAACAAUAUCACCUGAAAGUAGCCAUCACUUUGGUCCAUCGUCAGUUAUUAUGAAAGAAAAAAAUGAUCAAUUAAUUUUAGACAGUCAUUUAAAUAUGGAAAAAAUGUCUAAUGCUAAACAAAUCUGUAGAUGGGAAAAUUGCUUUCGAAUUUUCGAAAAUUUGGAAAAGCUUGCAAAUCAUAUAGGUACAACGCACAGCUCAAUUGGAUUGAACAAUCUCUAUUACUGUAAAUGGGAAGGCUGCCAACGUUCUGAACGUGGUUUUAACGCUCGUUAUAAAAUGCUUGUGCAUUGUCGUACACAUACGAAAGAAAAACCUCAUAAUUGUACCUUUCCUGAGUGUAAUAAAUCUUUUUCAAGGGCCGAAAACUUAAAGAUUCAUAUAAGAUCGCAUACAUUGGAGAAGCCAUAUAGAUGUUCGUAUCCUGGAUGUUUUAAGGCAUACAGCAAUUCAAGUGACCGUUUUAAGCAUAGUAGAACACAUUUCAAUACCAAGCCUUAUCUUUGCAAAAUUCCUGGAUGCUUGAAACGUUAUACUGACCCAUCAUCAUUACGCAAGCAUGUUAAAAAUUUUAAUCAUGAUAAUCUAGGUCAAAAAAUUAAAAUCUUGACAAGUAAUAAAAAAUCUAUGGAUUUAAAAUUUAUCUCGUCUUCAAAUCAAAUUGUCAACAAUUUUUGUGAUUCAUUGAAUAUUAAAAAUAUUAAUUCAGUCUCAACUUGUACAUCUGACAAUUGUGCUAGCAACUUCUACAGAAUGCAAACUUUAGUUCUGGAUGAGCCUUUAGAUUUAAGUUUAAAGCACAACAAAUAA